CCAAACCACCAAACCACCAAAGCCAAGACCACCCAACGCGUCCGCCCUGGAACGACGUAGAAUACACGGCUCAGGUAUACAGGCCCAAAUACGGGGUAAGAUGGCAGUUCGUGGCGAUCGCAUGGGCAUGGUGGGGGCACCAGAGGUAUGUGGUGGAGGGACGUCCCUCCACCAGUGAGUGGGCGAGCGGGGCACGUGAUGGAUCUACCCCAUUACAUCACCAGCCAGUAUAUAAACCUCCACAAAUCUCUACUUUUUCCUCCACAUUCAUUAAAAUGACACUUGCAAAGCACUGGAAAUAUAACGACGAUGUGGUGGUUGCCCAACUCAAGGGAUUGACCCGCUCAAACCCCUCCAUCAGCCUUAUACCCUCCGAAAAGGUGGUUUUCAACCCUCACUCCGACACUUCCAAAAAGGUCACCUUGAUCAGUGGUGGUGGUGCUGGCCAUGAACCAUUACACGGUGGAUUCGUUGGUGAAAAUCUCCUUGACGCUGCCGUCAGUGGUGCUGUUUUUGCCUCUCCCUCCACCAAGCAAAUCAUGGCUGCAAUUAAGACCAAGUCCAACAAGGAAAAGGGUACUCUUAUGAUUGUCAAGAACUACACUGGAGACGUGUUACACUUCGGUCUUGUUGCCGAGAGAGCCAAGAGCGAAGGUUACGCCGUGGAAAUCAUGUUUGUGGGUGAUGAUGUUGCUGUUGGCAGAGAACAAAACAAAAUGGUGGGGAGAAGAGGUUUGGCUGGAACUGCCAUUGUCCACAAAGUGGUCGGUGCUGCUGUCAAUUCUAAGGUUAAUGACUUGAAGUCUGUCGCCGAUCUCGGUAGAGCCAUCAAUGACAGUCUUGUUACUAUCGGUGCCUCUUUGGACAGAACUUCCGUUCCAGGUAAAGCCGGAGAAGUUGAAUUCAACAAGGACGAUGAAGCUGAAUUGGGAUUGGGUAUUCACAACGAGCCAGGCCACAAAUUGACUCCAAUUCCAGACAUUGACGACUUGCUUAAAGACAUGUUCCAAAAAUUGGUCUCCCCUGAUGACAGUGAACGUCACUACGUUGACUUUGACUUGAAGAAUGAUGAAUACGUUUUGCUUGUCAACAACAUCGGUGGUACAUCUUCUUUGGAGUUGUACGCAAUUGCCGAACACGUGGUGAAGAACUUGCCAUUUUCCAAGAAACCAAAGAGAGUCUUAGUGAGUGAUUUCGUGACCUCCUUGAAUGCCCCAGGUUUCUCCAUCACUUUGUUAAACUUGUCAAAGAUUGACAAAACCGAUCUCAAGUACACCAGUUCUGAUGUCUUGGAAUUCCUCGAUGCCGAGACCAAUGCUCCUGGAUGGAAGCCAAAGACUUUCUCCUCCGAACAAUGGGAAACUGAACCUGAAUUCGUGGAUUCCCCAAUGGAAGACAAGACUAUUGUAACCUCCUCAUUGGAGAUGGAUGCAAGCCACUUCCAAGAAUCGCUCACAAGAGGUUUGAAGAACUUGAUAGAGGCUGAACCAAAGAUCACCCACUACGAUACUCUUGUAGGAGAUGGUGAUUGUGGUGAAACCUUGAAGGAUGGUGCAGAAGCUAUCCUUGAAGCAUUUGAGAAGAAGAAGUUUACCAACUUGAACGAUCCAGUUGCUACUCUUGCAGAAAUCACUGAACUUGUCGAAGACAGUAUGGGUGGUACUUCCGGAGGUAUCUACUCUAUCUACUUGACCGCAUUAGUGCAAAACAUUCAAAAGUCCAAGGACGUUUCCGUCAAGUCCUUAGCUGAAGCCUUCUACAAAGCUUUGUACGACGGUUUAUUCAAGUACACCAAGGCUAGAAUCGGAGGAAGAACUUUGGUGGACACUCUUCAGCCAUUUGUCGACUCCUUGCACAAGACUGGAGACAUACAAGAAGCUGCUGCUGCUGCCAAGAAGGGUUGCGAUCACACCAAGGGAUUAGUGGCCAGUUUCGGUAGAGCCAGUUACGUGGACGAGGAAGAGUUCAGCAAGGAAGGUGGUAUUCCUGACCCAGGUGCUGUGGGAUUGUUGGCUUUGAUUGAGGGAUUUGUGGGCAAGUGAGUUGAACUCAGUAUAUAGAUAACGACGCUCAAUUAUGAUAAUUCUUGAAGAAUCGUGUAGAAUCUGACAAUCCAGUGGAUGCUGUUGCAACCAAUCUACGAAAGAAGUGGCUAAAUGCUUACGACCAACUACGAUUUUUGAGGCCCUGUGGUAAAUGGCAAAUGUCUCGUUGUAAACCACCAAUCAUUCGUCCUGUUUGU